AUAUUUGCAUAAAUUUACAUUAGUAGUACACAUAAAAAACAAACUAGCGAUUGUUUACUUAGUGGCCUAUUUCAGUGGAGGGAUAUACGAACUGAGUGAUUAGGUUCAGUCCGGGAGAUCAAGCAUGGCGGAUGUAUCUACGAUGGGAUCGCAUCCUUUGAAGAAUCGCUUGUCGACUUCAUACUUUCCAAACAUUCCACCAGCUGCACCCAAGGCUGCCAUCUCGUACUGCAAGUCCGUCAAUAAUGCUCCAUACACAGCCCUGAUGGGAGUGGUUGUGGAUGCACGACAGCCAGACCGUCAUCCUAUAACCCCACGCUGUCGAAUGAGGAAGCUGGUUGGGAGUACCAAUAGAUGGCGCCUUCCGGAGUCCCUUGGGAGUGAUCUGUUAGGGAGUCGCCAGGCCAUUAAGUCCGUAGCAAUGCCCUUCAACCAGAGUCUCAUCAACAUCAUCACAGCGGAGAGUCCCCAGAUCAACAUGAACCUGGACACCAGCAUGCCUUAUACAUUCCGUCAGACAAUGGACAGGCCAUACACACAACCAGUGGCUGAUUCAUGGCCAGAAGGAGCGCCAAGGAGUGGCAGUUUCUUGGUACCAAAACCUCCCCCUAAUCCUGCUUCUGCCCCAUCCAGGAUCCCCGCUGGACCAGUCAACAAGUAUGUCCCAUCCAAUGCACGACCAAACACACCAAAGGAUAUCUUCCUGUAUCACUCCAAGAAAAACAAAAACUAUGUUGGACCAGGAGGGAAAGUUCGAGAUCAUGAUGUACUGCUGAAGUGCCUGGGUAUGGAUUGGGAGUUACACCGACCGUACCUACAGAAGUCAGAGGUGCUGGCCCAGCUCCUUCGAGAGGCUGAUGAUCCCCAUAUCCAGAAGUACUACCGUAGCCCAGCAUCUGAAACACUUGACAACUACAUAAAGAAGAGUAAUUUCUAUAGCAACGAGUACCGUGAGAUCAGUAACAGGUUGAGUAUGGUUGAUGGAGAAGAAAUCCAGGAGGAAGAAGAAGCCAAAGGAGUAGACCAUCCUGCCCACAUCUCUCAGAAAAGAUUUAACAAUGUCACUGUUAUCAAACUGGAUAUUAGAGACCCUCAUGUUUCCAAACGAGCGCUAGCAGUCACCCUAGGAAACCUUUACCAUGACGAGCAAGAAGUGAAUAGAGAGGAUGUUGUAGGGGUGUUAGCUGCUGCGUCCUACCUCGGAUGUAAAUCUCUCAUGGAUGGGUGCGCCAAACUGAUGCUGAAGACAAUUAGCUACAGAACUGUCUGUCAAUACCACCAGGCUGCAUCUAAGUACCAACAGGAACAUGUUGUGUUGAGCUGUGAGAGGUGGCUGGAACUCAACCUUAUAGCUCAGCUAUCCACACAAAUCCAACUUAGAGAAGUACCGAUGGAGGUUCUACAGAAGAUCCUCAAAUCGAACAGAUUGUUUGUAUACAAUGAGUAUAGUGUUUACAAGACCUUGGCUUAUUGGCUGUUCCUCCAGUUGAACCCACACAUCCAACUGAUGCCAUCACACAGUACGGUUCUCACAUUCUUCAAUAGUUUACCUAAAUCUGCCAGUUUCUUGGACAACGAUGACGGUCAGAUUUAUGCUCCGUUGUUUGCUGCAGUCAGGUUACAUGGAAUUGUAGACACAAACAACAUCCAGGACAUGCAGUUAAUGAACAUCUUACCUCAGGCUACAUUAAUAGAUCUACUUUCACAACAUUAUCAUGCUCUGCAGGGUGGAGGAGACAUGGCUGCCCUCCGACAUUUCACUACAGGGGCCAUACGACAAGGCUUCGUAGUGGAUGACGAGCCACACUACCACUCCGAAGUAUUUUCACUUCACGGAUUUCACUUUGAGCUGAAAGCUGUGAGAAACAACAAAGACCAGAUCGUUGUCUUCAUGCAGCGCCUGCGUCCGGGUGACCCUAUCCUGAGUUUCCGACAGUGUGAACGUCACACCUUCUCCAUGCGUGCUGAUCGAGAGGUCCGAUACUGUAUCACGGUUCAGCAACUGGACAGUGGCGAUCACAACAUGAAGACGACAGGUGUAGUCACCCAGAAAUUUGGCCUUGGCGAAAAGACCAGCAGAAGCGAGGUAAUUAAACUUGAAAAAUUGGACAAGCCUGCUUAUGUGGUGUUUUCUAUCUUCUUCCCUGCUUCGUAACCAUAGAAACGGGAGGAUGCGGCGGAUUCGGAAAUAUGAGCAGAAUCUCAAUGAAGCCAUUACAGACAUAGUUUGCUAAAGUCUGAUUCCUUUCUAGGCUUGAAGGAUAGCCAAUGUCAUUGAAGCGUUUGACAUGCUUCUUACUUUUGUUGCACCGUAUCCUCAUAUACAUUUUCCUACCAGGCAACGUAUACAAUCAUACAGAAAAAAAACGUCAAUAGUAUCAAAACAGUGUCUGUUUGUUGCUUCGAUGUGGAUAAACCAUCAAUCUAAAUUUCAUUGCAGAUAUAUUUAUCAGAAAAUGUUUAAUUUAUUAAAGCUGAAUUUAAACAUUUCUGUCUAUGACGUUUAUCUGAAGGAAUGUUAUGCAGUAGAACUGGUCGCCCCGUGUUCUACAACAUGACUGUUACAUUGAAUUCGAAGGGGUAUUUGUUUUCUUUUGUAUUGGAUAUCGGCGUAUCCUUUUGAUUCAGAUAUCGAUAAACUUUAUACAUCGGUAUUCUGAAUAUUGCAUGUUACUCCUGAAACCAAAGAUAAUAUAGCCAUGACUAACGUGUUAUACUCACUUGAUAUGCUUGUUUUGCUAGUGAUAGCAAGGUUUGACUAAUGUUUUACACUGUUUACGUUAGUAAUAUUUGUGAAACUUGUGAUGAUUCAUUGGGUAAAGAUUCAAUGUUUAUUGAUAUAGGUUACUGAAACUGCGAUAUACAUGCAAUCAUAACAUUUACUUUCGGUUUUUUUUAACUGUUAAUACUAUAUUUAUCAUAUUGUUGGAAGUGUAGUAUCAGGUUUAUUCCUUGAAAAAGUAAGGAUUUCUACUUUUGAUUUGCAUGCUUUAUGUUUUUUGUUCUCCAUGUACCGGUAUUUGCAAUUUUCAGUCUUGACAUGAAAUGCCUUGAAAUAUUAAAAUGUCUGUGAUAAUAUUUUCCAAGUGCCUAAGUUUACUGCACGUCUUGCCCGAUGUCGUUGGAUUUAAAAGAUGUUUCAAAUUUAGAUUUUAAAAUUCUCUAAAAGCAUUAAAAUACCAUAAUGUUGAGAUGAAAAUGGAAUAUAAAUUCCUAUCAUGAAGUAUAGAAAUUCGGUUCGAGAAUAAUUAACAUGAAAAGAGUUUAUCUGAAGAUAGCUAUUCUCACGUUUCCAAUGAAGAGAGUAUUAUAGAAAUGUUCAAGAUUUUAAACAUUAUAUUCGAGCGUUCUACACAACAAUGUAAUAUUUUAGCCCGUUUGUUAAUUUGAAAACGUGGAAUCAUGGUUCUGGUGUUGUUUAUGGAGAAAAAAAUAUCCAAACAUAAUGCUGUGAUAAGAUAGGAUAUAUGCUUUAUCAUAUGUGGAUAUGUUAUGUAGUAUCCAAGUCUGUUUUUUAACGAGAAAUGUGCUACUUGAAGGGAUUAUCAUAUGCUCGCGAUAAAUCAGGAGAACAGUUUAAUGAAUGAUUAUUCUGUUCCCCUAAUGGUUUGUUUUAUGACCUGCUGAUCCAUUUACAGACACUAUUGGUUUAUAUAUGGUGGUAUAUAUCCAUCAAUUCCAUACAUGGCUUGACAAAAAGAAAAUAUUUCUAUAUAGAAACAUUACCUAUUGGGACUAGUACAUAUUGUCCAAACGAAACGCCAAUAUAUUUUAAAGUAAUGCAUAAGUAAUGGCCAGACACGCAGGACACCGUUAACAGCUCUGAAUUCUCCUGACAUUUAUCACAGAUCCUAUUUGGUAGACAACAUGCUAUAGCCAGUAUUCUUCGACAUUUUGAAAUUGGAUUUCUCAUGCUUUGUAACUGUUAUUUCUCUCCAUAAGUGACAGCUUUAUUGAAAACCAAAAUACCUGUCUCCCUGUCAGCUACAAAUGUGGAUGUAUUAGUAAUCGUUUCACUAGCGUGCUGUACAGCGAACCAUUACCCCUGCCACAACUGGAUUACCCGUUUUUCCGUUGAGUAUAUGAGACGAGAGGUCUUCAUUACCGUGGUGGUUUAAUCUUCGGUUAAAAACACAGUCAGCUUUACAGAAAUAAAAUGCGAUUGGCGUCAACAUUACAAGCACCCCAACACCCAUAUUUAAGAUGAAAAAAUACUACAAGAAAAUCAUAAGGAAGCACUGAUGUGUUUAUUUGUUUACAAUGUUCCACGCUUCUAUAUGAAAAUGUGUUAUAGAGAAAUAUUAAGCUGACUUAUAAUCGAGAAAGUUCUGACCUCGGUUAUGUAAUUACUGACAUCUGUCAACUUGGAUCAUCAAAAGGUCAGACGGUUAGUGUAUAUGGCAUAACAUGCUUCACAUUAAUGUAAACGACAAAUAAUGUAUUAUUUCAAUUCAAUUACUGUCGGGGAACUACCGAAAUACGACGAUUACUUGGCAAGCUAUUGGACAAAUUUUGCUUGGGUAACAUAAGUCACGCUCACAAAUGAAACGUACCUAAAGGCGGCAUAAAAUAACUAUGUCGUAUUCCCCCUUGUUAAAUAUGAUAAAGUCUAAUGCAUUGUGCCGAUGACAAGGUGACGCGGUAAUAGUUUUGAACGUAGUGUACACUAGUAGUACAUUACCGACCAGGGAACUCUUGUUGAUAAAUAGUCUAUUUCUUGUAUUGAUAUUUUUGUACCUAGUGUUUGAUGUUGCAGCACCUCUCAGAACUGUGAUACUUGAGUUUCAAGCAAGUUCUUCCAUCUCGUCAGAUAGGUCUUGUUUUUUGGUUUUUUUGUUUUUGUUACCAAAUUUCACAUAAUAAUGUCUGAUCGUUAAAAUUAAAUUACACUUCACAUGCGACAUACUUUGUUGUGAGAUACAUUUCUGUGAGUUGUAACAUUUGUUGUGUUUAUUUCACAAUGUUUUAUAUAGAAUUGUAUGCUGUGCUCUCGACUACAUUGUCACCGCGGAAGAAUUUUAACAGGGUGAUGGCGUUGCGGAGACCAUAUUGAUUUGAGGCCCCGGAACGGGAUACCUGUAAGCUUAUGUAGAAGUAAAUGUGGUCCAAUUGAAGAGCGGAGAAAAACCUAUUACCUGUAAUUGGGCGAGAACAAUUUAAUUUCUUUUUGGGUCGAAAUUCUACAAUCUUUUCAGCAGCGGCUUGCGCCACGAUUUAUAACAAGAUCUUAAACCAUGUUUUCAGGGAGGUUAGAUUGUUUAGAUAUUUCUGAUAAUAAUGUUGCAGAACAGAAUAAUAUGGUAAUCUGGAUUAGAAUAAAAAGAACCAAAACGUAUGUCCGAUAAUAUUAUACUUAUUUAUAUUACCAACUAUAAAAAGAGCAAAUCGUUUUGAUUGUUUUCCCAGCAAGUUGUUUCCAGCGAAUGCUAUCUAAAUCUGUUCGUACAUACCAAUUUUGAAAAAACCAUUAUACCAACGGAAUCAAUGAUGUGAUUUUAUUUUCAGUUUGAUAAAAAAAUUCAACAAAAUUUCCCUUUUAUACAUUGAUAGAAAAUAUUGUACCAAGAUGAGAAUUGAAUGAAUGUAAAUCUUGUCACUGUUAGGAGAGAUGAGAGACAUAACGGAAAGCGUUUGAUGCUUAGACCUAUCACGGUCUUAAAGCAUCAUUUACUAACGGUUUACCCGACACAAAUCUCGCACAACAUAGUCUGUCAUAGAAACACCGUUACCGUGCUAUAUACCUGUUCACCACAUCAGCUGUUUGUCAGUAAAUAAUUGUAAAAUGUCGGGAUAGGUAUUUUUAAACAUGCAUUAUAGUAUUAAUUAUUUGACAUUAAAUGUUUGAUAUAUCUUUAUUAUGUUUUUGGUUGAUUUAUUUGUGAUAUAUUUACUGACUCCGUCUCUUUGUACAUUAUUAUACUUUGAUCUUAUUAACGUUCAUAUUAUUUACUUUUCUUACUAUGUUAUUAAGUUGGUUAAUAUGUUUUUAUCAACGUGUUAAUUUUUUUACACAACCUACAUGUAAGUAUGUUUAUGCGAUUAAUUUAUUUUCACAUUUGUAUGAGAAGGUUCUUUGAAAAUAUAAUUUGUUUGAUUCAUUACAUAUUUCAUAUUAAAACUUAAUUUUUGUUUUUACAACAAACCCUUUUGGAGUUUUGGGCUUUGUGAAAUAGGCAUAUUAAUCCCCUUUCAAUAUUGAAAGUCUUUUAAACUUACUAUUUUAUUUAACUUUUGUUACUAAUAAUAAAGAAGUGAUAAUAUUUAUAUAAGCCUCGCAAAUGGUUAAAGUCGACUGACUGAAAAAUAAUUAAAACCAUUCAAAUACUUCGAUCUUAAAAGAGUGCAAUUGUUCAAUCUAGAAAUUAAUUGUACAGUAGCAUUGUAUGUUUUACCCUGAAAGUGAGGUUAAUACAAAGAACAAUGAUGUGCUAAUGGUCAUUUUUAUCUAAAUAAUAUUUUGCUCAAGUAUCUAAUACGUUAUCUCCCUUGUUUUUGUUGGAUUUGUAUAUCGGUCAUGCGUGAAGCAACCUAACCAAAGGUAAAUAAAGACUUUGAAAAUUA